AUGCGUGGUUUCAUCGUCCUUUGUUUGAUCGGAGUUGUUUGUGCAGAUAAAUUGGGUUACAACUAUCGCCCCGUAGGCCACUCAGAUGCUGGACUUUCUUUCACUCCUGGUACUGGCAGCGGUGGAUCAGGUGCUGUUGGUGAACAUAGCGAUAUUGGAGGCUUAGGUGGCAACGGUGGCAGUGGACCUGCAGGAUCUGGCCUUUCACAACAAGCCCCAGUUGCUGAAUAUGAGAAGGAGUUCUUCACUUACACUGCCGACGAGAAUGACUUUAGUGAACCUGCUGGAAAUGAUCAAGUAGUCGAAUCGCUAAAAAAGAAUCUUCGAGUUAUUUUCAUUAAGGGUCCUGAAGGCAAUGGCCUGGAAAAAGCAGCUGUGAACUUGGCCAGGUCCAUUUCUGAAGAGAGAACCGCCAUCUACGUACUGCAGAAACAAGCUGAUCUCGGUGGUCUUGCCAACCAAUUGCAGGCACAAAACGAUAUUCAGCGCAGCAAACCGGAGGUUCACUUCAUUAAAUAUCGUACUCCUGAGGACGCGGCCAACGCUCAACGUGCCAUUCAAUCCCAGUAUGACCAGCUUGCAGGAAAAUCUCAGUCACAUGAUGGUGGUGCCGCGCCAGUUCACAAUUUUGCAUCCCCCGCAGCUCAGCCUGCUCCACGUCCUGUCAGUGCUCCAGGUGCUGCUUAUCUGCCAUCUUCGAUUUUCCGUGCAUAA